AUGGGUCUCUCUAUCUAUCAGCUCCCGGAGUGGCGGUUGGUGUUCCUGGUGAAGCACUUCCCCAUGGGUCAACGCGUGUUGGUCGACAGCUCCUUCGGACACCCCUCGGCCGGAGAGGCCAAGAAGGAGGAGGCCACGCGCCAGGGGGACCUCCCGCUCGUCAAAGAGGUCCUCUUGGUGGCCCUCGGCAACCGUCAGAGCCGCCCCUUCCUGCUGGUCCACGUGGAUCAGGAGCUGCUCCUCUACGAGGCCUUCAGCCACGACUCCCAACUCGGGCAGAGCAACCUCAAAGUGCGCUUCAAGAAGGUUCCGCACUCCAUCAAUUUCCGGGAGAAAAAGCCCAAAGUGUCGAAGAAGAGGAGCGACGCUUCGGGGGGCGCCGACGAGGGGGGGGGAGGGGGAGGGGGGGGAGGGGCGGCGGCGCCGCGCAGGCGCCUCACGCGAUUCCGCUACUUCCACGACAUCUACGGAUACAGCGGGGUGUUUAUCUGCGGCCCCUCCCCCCACUGGCUGCUGGUGACGGCGCGGGGGGCGCUCCGCCUGCACCCCAUGACCAUCGACGGCCCCGUCGACUCCUUCGCCCCAUUCCACAACGUCAACUGCCCCAAAGGGUUCCUCUACUUCAACCGACAGGGGGAGCUGCGUAUCAGCGUGCUGCCGGCCUUCCUCUCCUACGAUGCGCCGUGGCCCGUCCGCAAAAUCCCCCUGCGCUGCACCGCCCACUACGUCGCCUACCACGUCGAGUCCAAGGUCUACGCGGUGGCCACGAGCGUCAGCACCGUUUGCACUCGCAUUCCGCGCAUGACGGGGGAGGAGAAGGAGUUCGAGACCAUCGACCGCGACGAGCGCUAUGCGCCCCCCCAGCAGGAGGCCUUCUCCAUCCAACUCAUCUCCCCCCUCAGCUGGGAGACCAUCCCCAACACCAGGAUCGAUCUGGAGGAGUGGGAGCACGUGACGUGUAUGAAGACGGUGUCGCUGCGCAGCGAAGAGACGGUGUCGGGGCUGAAGGGUUACGUCGCCCUCGGCACGUGCCUCAUGCAGGGCGAGGAGGUCACCUGCCGCGGCAGGAUCCUGAUCAUGGACGUGAUCGAGGUGGUGCCGGAGCCGGGACAGCCGCUCACCAAGAACAAAUUCAAAGUUCUCUACGAGAAGGAACAAAAAGGACCGGUGACGGCGCUUUGUCACUGCCACGGAUACCUCGUCUCCGCCAUCGGCCAAAAAAUCUUCCUGUGGAGCCUGAAAGCCAACGACCUGACGGGAAUGGCCUUCAUCGAUACGCAGCUCUACAUCCACCAAAUGAUCAGCGUCAAAAGCUUCAUCCUCGCCGCCGACCUCAUGAAGAGCAUUUCCCUCCUGCGCUACCAGGAGGAGAGCAAGACCCUCUCCCUCGUCAGCCGGGACGCGAAACCGCUCGAGGUUUACAGUGUGGACUUCAUGGUGGACAGCAACCAACUGGGGUUCCUCGUUUCCGACCGUGACCGCAAUCUCCUGGUGUACAUGUACCUGCCCGAAGCCAAGGAGAGUUUUGGGGGGCUGCGGCUGCUCCGUCGCGCCGAUUUCCACGUGGGCGCUCACGUCAACACCUUCUGGCGGACGCCGUGCCGGGGGGUCACGGAGGGCCCCAACCGCCGCGCCAGCGCCUGGGACGGCAAACACAUCACCUGGUUCGCCACUCUGGACGGCGCUCUGGGGCUGCUGCUGCCGAUGCACGAGAAGCCGUACCGCCGUUUGCUGAUGCUGCAGAACGCCCUCAGUACCGCUCUGCCCCACAGGGGGGGGCUCAACCCCAGGGCCUUCCGACUGCUGCAGACGGAGCGGCGUUCGCUGCAGAACGCGGUGCGGAACGUGUUGGACGCGGAACUGCUGCAGCGCUUCCUCUACCUCAGCGCCAUGGAGCGCCACGAGCUCGCCAAGAAGAUCGGCACCACCCCCGACAUCAUUCUGGAGGACCUUCUGGAGAUCGACCGAGUGACGGCGCAUUUCUGAGGGGCCUCAGACCCACAGCUGCCCCACAGCUGCCCCACGGCGACCCACAGCUGCCCCACAGCGACCCACA